GUGGGAGUGCACUGUACUGUACAGUACUACAGUAUAAGUUCAUACGUCAUCGGGUCAGAAAUUGACAUUUGGUUGAGUCAUAUGAACUCUUCUAGAAACGUCAAAAAAGAAGAUCGGACUUGCACGACAUUGAAGGAUGGAUGAUGGGAGCUCGAGAAGCGAUUCUAGGCGUGCCACUGACACAGGACACACGGCAGGCAGCCGAAUUCGACUUUUCACUACAAAGAGUGAAUCGUGUCAGUCUUGUGUAUCUCAUGUGGCACGUAAAAAAAGGAAUGUGAAGAACAACGACAGUCAGCAUAAUGAUACACAGCAGCAGAGAUUUGAUAAAUGUUUUAACAUUCUUAUCAAGCCUGUGGUGACAGAGUUUGUGUUUACUUUCUUUCAUCUUCUACUUGGAAUAAUGACUGCUGCAGGACCAAACCUGACUGGUCAAGCGCCAUUCAGUUUAACUGCUGCAGCACUAUCAACUGGACUCAAUUUGUAUGCUUUCAUUGUGGCCACAUUUCAUAUCAGUGGAGGACACUUGAAUCCAAUCAUUAGUUAUGGCGUAUUUCUGUCUGGAGGAUUUGCUCUGGACUUGGCUAUUGUGUAUGUGGUUGUGCAGUUAGCUGCAGGAAUAGCCGCAGCAGGAGUUUUAAAGGUAUUGGUCAAUAAUUCAGCCCUCCCAGAGCACUGGGCUCUCAUCAGGUUUAAUGCAAAUCUACAGAAUGAAGUUCAAGUCGUUUUUACAGAGGCUCUUAUCUGUUGUGCUCUUCUGCUUAUUGCAUACAUGACAAUAGUUGAAUCCGAAGGAAAGAACCCAUUUGGUCCUCUCUUGAUUGGGAUCUUUGUGUCAAGUUCAAUUUACGCAGCGGGACCAAUUUCUGGGGCAGGUAUCAAUCCUGCACGUUGCCUGGGACCGGUUGUUGUAUUUGGUGGCUGGAAAACGGUCUGGGUCUACUUCGUUGGACCUUUUUUGGGGACGACUGUUGCUGGAGUGCUGUACAGAUAUUUCUUUUCAAAGCGAAAGCUUCCUCCUUUAAAAUACACUGCAUUAAGAAACAUUUGGGAAAUGAUCCCACAACAGCCAUCGACACAAGUUGUUUUGCAGAAGGAAAGUAACGUGUAAGCUGGUCUGUACACGUACGUACACAACUAGUGAAGUAGGCAGCUAUUAGUAUUGAGUGAUCUACACUGAUAUUGAGUUUUUCCAGAAUUUUGUGUUUACUAACUCACUAAAUAAUUUAGAAAUCAGUUUGCAAAAAAUACGUCUCAUCUGUGUAAUUAUCAUUGUAUUUAUAAGCUUCAGGCAGCUUACAGUUACAUCCCAUUUUCAACCAUUAAUUGAGAAUAUGGUAAAACUGCUCAAGUAUGGAACAAUAUUGUUAUCAUAAAUGUUCAUUUGGUAACUUCAGCCCACAUGCUUUCUGACUGACACGUUAGCUAAAUGCUUUGGCCUCUCCUGGGUGGACAAAUAUAUUAGGCUGGUGCAAGUGAUCAUAUGUUUGUUGUCUAAAUUAAUUUGUUUUCUAUUGAUAUUGCCGAACCUCUUGUUGCCAAUGUGGAAAGCGACAAUGAAACUUUAGCCAUCAGUUUUGUUGGUCUUUGCUCAUUGUGUAGUGACGUCCUUAUCA